AGCAUGGUAUCAGAGCAAGGUUAAGCAGUUCGUAUUUUUCGCUUCCCCGGCGGGCGGCACCCUCGCCUUGGCCGCCCGCCGGACCUCAACCUAUUCCGUUUGAAUUUUCUACACAUACCUUGAUCACUCUGCAUGUACUUCAUCCCCCUCGUUUCCAUGCUCUUCUCUCCCACCUUCGAACCUCGCCAAACUCCUCAAUCUCGCCAUCAUGCCAAUUUGAUCAUCCGAUGGGAACAUGUCUAGUGGAGAGGUCAGAAAGGUCUCACGGGAAGACAUACAACUGGUGCAAAAUCUUAUAGAGCGAUGCCUACAACUUUACAUGAGCCAAAAAGAAGUCGUGGAUACUCUCUUGGUUCAGGCAAAAAUAGAACCUGAUUUUACUGAACUUGUUUGGCAAAAGCUUGAAGACGAAAAUCGGGACUUUUUCAAGGGAUAUUAUUUAAGAUUGAUGGUGAAGGACCAAAUAAUGCAAUUCAACAGGUUACUUCAGAAACAAAUUGAGCUGAUGGAUCAGAUGUGCCCACCUGGAGUUGCUUCCAUACCUAUGUCUAAUGGAUCUCAUGUCCCACCAUUGCACCAGAACUCAGCCUACUAUGCUCCAGAACAUGUCGGACCGCCUCUGAAGGUGGAGAACAUGCACCAACCUAUCAAUUCAAGUUUCCCCAACUCUUUUCCCAAUGGUGGGUCAUCAUCACUAGACCCAUGCAUGCAAAAUGCUGUUGAUAUGUCUGCUCAUGCCAGAAGGAUUGAUGUUUCACCAAACAUUUUUUUGGCUCAGAGCUCAACUGCGGGAAUGAUACAAGGAAUGAAUGGGGUGAUGAUCAAAUCAGAAGCUGGUUAUGCAGGCAAUUCCUCGUACAUGUUUGGUAAUGAAGGCAAUGUCCUUGAAUCACGGCCUGCAAUUGGGGACACAUCUGUUUCAUCUUUCCACUUUCAAACCCACAAUCCUUUUUUUAAUCAACCCACUCCCUCACUUUCUUUAAACCCAUCUUUCACUCACAUGGGCUUGUCCCCACUCUCUCCUCAUAUUUUAAACUUUUCUUUAAACUUUUCCCAAAGUGUUUGA